AUGGUGAGAACAAGGACAGAAGAUGCGGAAGAUCCUACCUUAGCACGACUGGAUAGGAUGGAGAGGAUGAUUAUGGAAAUGGCGGAGACUCUACGGCAACAACAGCAACAGCCUCAACAACAGCCGCCAUCGCUACCGGUACCUCCACCGACAGCACAAGAUUUUCAUGCUGAAGACCGGACUAUUACUCUUACUAAGGAGUUUAAAAAGAUGAAACCGCCAUCUUUCAAAGGAGGAAUAGAGCCAAUGAAAUCUGAAGCGUGGGUGUUGGGAAUAGAGAAGUUAUUCGAAGUUUUUCCUUGUACCGAAGCUCAAAAGGAUAAAAAGGUGACUGAAUUUGAAACUCUCAGACAAGGGAACAAGACUGUUGCUAAAUAUGAGGCCCAAUUUGCAGAGUUAGCCCGGUUUGCACCGCACAUGGUGGACACGGACUAUAAGAAGGCACGGAAAUUUGAAGGGGGAUUACGGGGAGCAAUUCUGGAUCGAGUCAAUAUGUUGAAGUUACCUACCUAUGUAGACGUACUGGAAAGGGCUGUUAUAGCUGAGGGAAACCUUACUACUCGGAAUCGGAUCUCCGAGUGGAAAGGAAAAAGGCAGAAUAAUCAAUGGUCAAAGGGGCCAAGUAUUCCACCAAAUAAGAAACAAAAUUCAGGGACUUCAAAUACUUCUGCCCCUAGUCAGGGUAUGAUUCCUGUUUGUUCGGAAUGUGGAAGGAGGCAUCGUGGGACGUGCCAUUGGAAGUCUAGAGCCUGUUAUCAGUAUGGCAAAACAGGUCAUUUGAUAAGGGAUUGCCCUCAGAGGAAUCAACGAAAUGACAAUAGGGCUGCUACUAGUUCAGCGGGAUCUACACCAACUACUAACACCAAGACACCGGUCAAACCUAACAACAAUAAAGACACUGUGAGGCAAGGCAGGGUGUUUGCAUUGGUUCCGGGAGAUGUGCAAAAUGCAGCAACAGUGGUGUCAAGUACAUUUAUGGUUCACGGUCAUUCUGCUUCUGUCUUAUUUGAUUCUGAGGUGGCAUUUCUGGGGCAUAUCAUCACAAAGGAAGGAGUUUCCGUCGACCCACACAAGAUUGAGGCAAUUGUGAAAUGGCCAACUCCUACUAAUGUGACUGAGGUGCGUAGUUUUAUGGGGUUAGCUGGCUAUUACAGGAGAUUUGUUCAAGAUUUUUCUAAAAUUGCUGUGCCACUUACACAACUGACUCGAAAGGGAGUUGCAUUCGAAUGGUCAGAGGAGCGGGAAUCUGCCUUCUAG